AUUGCAGCUGCUGCUGGUAAAGGUGGAUUUUUACGUCGUGCAAAUAUUCGAUUUUCCUCUGCUUUUUGGGGGGUAUCAGAACUGAAACUUUUGAAAACUUGAAGAGAACAGUGCUGGUGUUAUUGAAAAUGAGAAUUAAUCGCGGCCUAUCACGAGGACGUUGACUAACACAUUGAUCGCAUUUUUCAAAUUGAUUCCGAGGGGAAAAAAUGAGCGUAAUAAUACGUUUACAGAAUUUGCCCUGGUCGGCAAACGCAUUGGAUGUUCGUAAUUUUUUCAAAGGCCUCUCUAUCCCGGAUGGCGGAGUUCACAUCGUUGGUGGCGAAAUGGGCGAUGCCUUUAUAGCGUUCAGCACCGACGAAGAUGCUCGCCAGGCAAUGAUCAUGACAGGAGGUAAGAUAAAGGAAGUUCAAAUCACGUUGCUUCUCUCGUCCCGUGCCGAAAUGCAAAAAGUAAUCGAGGAAGCACGCCGGACGACGUUGUCGUUUAUGCAGCUGUCAGCGCAAAGCGCUGCGUCCACACAACAAACGCCUGUUGUGGCAAAAGUUCCCGUUUCGACAACAACGGUGUCGCAGCAACCGCAACCUCCGGUGAUUAGUCUGUCUGGGUUUUUAGCGCAAAACUUAAAUACUCAAAAAUCGCAGAUUAUGCAGGCACAGUCAAUCUACUCAGAGAUUCCAGGUUUGGGAUUUUUAACUUCCAGUGCCAGCAUGUUUCAGCCAAAUGCUCCAGCUGCUGGACUAUUCUCCGCUUUGAAUGCGCAAUCAUAUAACAGUGCUGAUCCGAAUUCUGCAUUUGCACAACUAUCCGAACAGUUGAAAAAGGCAACGGAAGCUGAAAAGAAGGCUGCAGCGAAAAGUUUGCCCAUCGCUAGCGGUAAUACAGGUAGUUUGAAGAAACCAUCUAGUGAAAAGAAUAGCAGCUACCGUAGUAGAUCUUCUUCCCGUGAACGGGAUAGGCGUCGAUCAUCAAGGGAUCGCUCUCGGUCGAGAAGUCGUGAUCGGAGUAGACGUCGCAGUGGAAGAGAUCGUAGUCGCAGUAGAAGUCGAGAUCGGCGUAGUCGAAGUCGUAGCCGUGAUCGUCGAGAUAGGAGACGUAGAUCUAGAUCGCGGGAUAGACGUGAUCGAUCGAGAGAUCUAAGCCGUGAGAAAGAUUCUAAAGCGGAUAAAACUUCGAAACCAAAGGUCUCCCGGUUUAGUGAUCGCGUUGAUUCGAAGUCUCUAACAACGGCAGCUGUUAGUCCAUGGGACACACCAAUUCAACAAUCUUUGCUGAACCCCACUAACAGUAAUUUGAUGAAGCCAGUCAAUCCUACGGUACUUACUCCUCCUAUCAUUAUGCAAGCAGCAACAAUAGCUGCGUCAUCUACUAUUCCGCCUGCCACUCGUUACGAGCAGCCUCAGAGUAGUUCAAACAACGUUUAUCCUGCAGUGAAUUAUGGUUCCUUCCAGGCCUCAAAGCCCAUUAGUAGUGAGCAUCUCAGUAAGUUGCAGGAGUUGCAUGCCAGACGUGAUCCAAGAGUUUUUCAAGGUCAGUCAGGUCAGAUUUCUGUUGGAAACAAUAGGGAUGAUAAUGGUCUGGCAAGAAAUCAGAAUCAAUAUACGUUUGGCUAUUCAACACAGAAAGAUAUGAACGCCUCACGUAUUUUUUCGUCCUCCACUAACAACAGAUCGUCCGAGGAUAGGUUUAACGAGAAACAAAUCAGUUUGUCGGAAGAUGAAGGCAGAUCGGGUUCCGGUGAAAUGGACGGACAGUCUGUAAAAAUUGCCAACAUGGACACAUCUACCGGCUAUGGUGAGAUUCGACGGUUCUUUGGUGGACAAGCGAUUUCGAGCAAUGGAAUAAAAAUGAUAAACGAUCGAAAUGGAAAGCGGACGGGAGUAGCAUUCGUGAGGUUCCUUAGAAAGGAUGGAAAACGGUUUGCUCUUUCACGAAAUGGAAUGACGUUAAAACGAUCGCUAGUGAAUAUUGAUCCGAUAACGGAUAAGGAGUUCGAUGAUGCUGUUGACUCAUAUCGCCCGAAUUAUGAGGAUACUAGAAAUAACUGGAUGGAGAUAAGUGAACAGAACAAAGACAAUGACAAAUCAGAUGUGAUCGAGAUCGAAGAUGACUCAAAUGAACGGAAAAAUAAAUUUGGAUCAUUGGUCGUUUGGAAUCUACCGAAUAUGACAACUGAGCUGGAUUUAAUGCGAAUAUUCUCUGAUUUUACUGUAGUGGAAGUGCUAAUCAUUAAAAACUAUAAAAAUCCGAAGCAGGUUGAUGGGUAUGUAAAGUUUCAUCGACUGGAAGAUGCCCGAAAAGCGGUUGAGUGUGUUCAUAAGCAUUAUAUUAGAAACAAGCGGGUGUUUAUGAAAUUGUGCACUGAUAUAGAGUACGAUGCAGCAAAGAAUGAGUAUGAUGAUCCAGAGGAUGCUGAUGAACACACGGAGCCACCGAAUGUAGACUUGGAUGAUUCGGUACAAGAAAUAAUCGAUAAUUCUAAUGAUCUCAAAGUCGAUGUAAAUCAUGAUAAUGAAAAAAUGGAUUUAGUUGACGAUGACAAGGAUCAAGUUGAAGGCAAGAAGAAUGAGCAACCAAUCCAAGCUCUAUUUAGUGAGGAUCCUCCAUUAGAUCAGCAGGUCGAUCCCAGCAACCGACGCAUGACUCUUUCUGAUUCGGAAGAGGAUAAUCAGUGGCAAGGCUUCCUAUCACGGGAUCCUCGAAAUGUUUUCAAUUCAAAUUUUAAUCAAUUACCUCAAUCCUUUCUAAACCAGCAAACUCAAUCCCAACCACCGCAAAUGCCACAUUAUCAAUAUUCAGUACAGUCGCAACAGCAAUCUGCAACACAACAGCAGCAAAUAUUUCAGCAACAGGAACCACAUCCAUUGCGACAGCAAACAUCCGAUCAACAACAAAAUCAACCAUCACAAAUGCAGCAAUCGGGCGAUUGGCAGAACCGUGGAUCAGAUGCUGCAUCAAAAAGCAACAUUGGCGGAUUUGGAGGUGAAUUCAUCCGCGAUCCACGACGCAGACAGAAUAUUGCUAAUCAACAUGAUAAUGAGAACCAGAACCAGAAUCAGGGCGUUUUCAAAAAUGACAACAGCGUAGACAAUAGUGAAAUCGACAAAUAUAGUUACGGGCAGUCACAAUCUCGUUUCGGUUCUCAGCCAUCGUCAUUCAUGGAAUCGGGAGCCAACGAACGGUAUGACCAACCGCCGCCAAAUGUUGAUCAAAGACGUAGCGAUGAAGGUGUUGAAAAAACUACAUUUAUUUUGAUUAGCAACCUUGAGUAUGCAGUGCAAGAAUCGACCAUAAGAGAGUUCUUUGAUCAUGAAGGUUUCAAUCCGAAGAACGUACAAAUCAUUCGCACGCCAAACGGACGAUCAACCGGUGAGUGUUUGAUAGAAUUCGAUACUCCACAAGAAGCCGACGAAACUACAGUAAAAAGUGGUACACUGAUUGGUAAACGAAGAGGGUUUAUAAAACAUUUGGAUCAACAGCAAGUAGUAGAUGUGAUGCAAAAGAUUAACCGUAUGAAUGGAGGUCGGGGAAAGAAUAUGAAUAGAAGUGGGAAUAAUUUCGGUAGAAAUUACAACAACUUUGGUGCUGGCAAUAAUUUUGGUAGGAACGACAACUUCGGGGAUAGUAAUUUUGGCAGGAGAGAUUUUGCAAAUGAUAAUUUCGAUGGUAACGAUGGUUCUAGAUCUGAAAAUAAUUCUGCCACUGGGUUUAACGACAACAACUUCUCGGAAAAUGUGUUCGAAGACCAGAGAAAAGGUAAUUUUGGGUAUCGGCAAAAUAACUACCAACAAGAUCCUGUUGCAUCGGAUACCACCACGAACAACGGAGAGUACAGUAAUGAUCAACAGAAUAAAACGGAUUCCGAAUUUGCAGAUGAUCACAAUGAGCAAAUAGGAUCUGAUUCGCAAAAUAACGAAGAAGCGAAACAGAACGACGCUGUUGAUCUCACAGAAGCUUCACAAGAUACGCAAUUUUUUGAAGAAACAUCUCGCAUUGAACAGAUGGGUGCGAAACCUGACACACUCAGUUCACAAUCCGACUGCCAAACACAGCCACAAGACCAACCAAUUCAUUUUACUGAAACAGAAUCUAAUAGUCAAGCGUCGGACGAUCCUCCACUGACCAGGCCUUACCAAUCACAGGAUCCUUCUAUGGUAAACGGUAACAUUAUUGCACUCGCUAAUAUACCGUUCCGCGCUCGGAAUGAUGAAAUAGCACAACAUUUUAAGGAGUACAACAUAACCCUGAACGACGUCAAGCGGAAGUACAUGCGAGAUGGACGAGCUACUGGCGAAGCAAUGGUGCGGUUUAAGAGUUCCGACGAUGCCCAGCAAGCCAUGCAGUCACAUCUACAGCGACGGAUAGGUGGCCGGUACAUACGAAUGACUAUUCUGAACGGAUUCAAUCAGUAAGCUGUAUGGAACACUACAAUUUAGAAUUGUCCGAAGUUAAUUUAUUAAUUUCACGCGAAUCAGAAUAAGUUUAGGUUAUUUCAUGAUAUUCUUAGCCAACCGAUUAUGAGUGAUAAGUUGUGACACACGUUUGAAUGAGUGCUUUUUAAUUCAAUGAAUUAAAACUGUAAAUAGUUUAUACGAAAAGAAAUACAC